GACGUACUCUCCAAUCCAAUUUGCUUAGAAACAAAACACAUUUUUUAGUCAACAUUUGCUGAAUUAUUCUUGAAACAAAAUGAAAAUUCGUGUUAAAUGUGGUAAUGUCAGAAAGAUAGUUAGUUGUGAAAGUAUCCCUACGUCACUCCAUCAGCUGAAAGCCGCAGUAUCAACAGUAUUUGAAAUAUCGGAAGGAUCUGUAAAGCUUAGUUUAAAUGGGGUGGACAGUUUAGAGGAAGAUGAGAAAACUUUGGAAGAGUUUGGUAUCGUUUCUGGUGACCUUGUGUUUGUUUUACAAGAAUCUGAACAGUUAAAUAAGAGACAUAAAACUGAACCGCAAGCAGCAGAACACCAGGCGUCUACUACAUAUAGUAGAGAUAGCGGUCAGUCUUCAUCUGGUCAAAUACAACACAAGAAUGUCUGCACGUCAGUUUCUGAAGAAUCAGACCAUGAGACUAUCAAAGAUCAUGAAGUGUCAGAAAUGGAAUCUGAUGAUUUUGAGGACAACAAAUGUGAUCCAAGAUUGGUAACAAAGUGUUUACAGGAACCAAAUCUAUGCCGAGAAUCAAGUGUUACAUGUAUUCCAUCCACAUUGAAUCAACUUUAUUGUGAAGCAUGUUGUACCAAUAAGAAUGAUGCAGUAUGGGUUGCAAUUCACACUCUUAUGGUGGAAUCUGGCUACACUUCUGUUUCUCAGGAUGCUUCCAGUCAGGUUGUAGAUAAAUGUCAAAUUCAGAUGCCGAAUGGAUGGAAAGCAGCCAAUCAUUAUCAAGGAGAGUAUCACCAUUUAAAUCUUAGUCCUGAUGUUACUUGUAAAGUGAUUGGUGUUGCUAUGGGAUCCCAGCUUGUUGUCCAAGGAAAACUGGCUUCAAGUUACGAAACUAAAAAUAUUCAGAUAAAACCUGAUGAUUAUAUUACUUCACUUGAAACAGAUGGAAAUAGAACUUUUAAGAAUCUCCAUCGGUUAUCAUUGUUAAUUAAAGAUGGUAUUGCUUUACCUUUACUACAGGAACUGAAUUCUGCUCUUGGUUUACCACAGAUCUUUGGUUAUCUUGGGCUUAACUAUGAAUCACAGUUGAAGAUAUUAAGUUAUUUAGAUUGUGGUAGUUUAUUAAGAAUGGGAGAAGUAUGUAAACAACUCAACAACAUAUAUAAAGAUCCUUUUAUCUGGAGAAAACUUUAUUUGACUACAUUUAAAGGUGGUAGUAGUAACACAGAUUUAUCUCAAAAUUGGUACCAGAUAUACAAGCAAAAGUAUAAGGCUAGAAAAGAAUAUCUGAAGAGAAUAAAACAUUCAACUUUUGUGACGCCUUCAUUUGAUUUUAACCAGCCUCGUCAUUAUUCACCAUUUGCUCCAGUCUUUCCAAAUCAUGGUAUAAUAGGCGGUGAUUACGAUCUCAAUCCUCAUUUUCAUGGAAUACCUGAUCCAAUGUCUGGAAGAAGAGGGCGUCCUGGGGCUGAUUUUUUGAGACCAAGAUAUGAUCCGAUAGGUCCCCUUCCAGAUAUGAACCCCCUUCCAGGUAGAGGAAGGGGUGCCAAUGGUAACAACAGACAUUGGUUUGGCAACACAAUGAGAAGUAGAUUCUUCUAAAUAUGACUUUUAAGCAAUAAAACUAUUUACCUAUUGUCACGUUGAUGACACAA